UCAUCACCUGCUUCACCUUCCUUUCAACCUUCUCUUUCAAAAUCUAUAUAAUCUCAGCCACUUUCCCCCAAUUUUCACCAACUAGUCAGUUACUUAAUUCAGUCAUCCAAAACCCAAGAAAGAAAAUUCCCUUAAAAAAACCAAUUCUUGCAACAUUCUGGGACUUAGCCAAGUCCUUGAAUUUGGUUUUUUGCUGAAAAAAGGAACAAGGGAAAGACAGAACAUAAACAAAAAAAGAUUCAAUCUUGAUAACUCAAAUAUGGAUAGACUUUUAACAACUUUGUUGUUUUCAUCAUUCUUGUUGUUAAGUCUAUUUUCUACUUCUUCAUAUGCUCAACAAAAUUGCUCAGCUUUUUCUUUCAGAAAUAACCAAAAUUUUGCAACUUGCAAGCCUCUACCUCAACUGAACUCUUUUCUUCAUUGGAGUUACCAUCCAGAUAAUCACACAGUUGAUCUUGCUUAUAGACAUGGAGGUGUUUCAAAUACAGAUUGGGUAGCUUGGGGUUUAAAUAUUGAUGGAUCAAAAAUGGUUGGUACACAAUGUUUAGUUGCACUUAGAAAUUCAAGUGGACAAAUUCAUGCUUACACUGCUCCUAUUUCUACUUAUCAAACUCAGUUAGCACAAGGUGCUUUGAGUUUCAAUGUGCCUAGAAUUGAAGCUGAGUUUUCGAAUGCUGAAUUUAUUAUUUUUGCAACUUUGGCACUUCCUAGAGGAAGGACAAAUUUUAAUCAGGCUUGGCAAAAUGGUGGAGUUUCUGGUCAGAUUUUGCAACCUCAUGGUCUGUCUGGUGAUAAUGUAAGGUCUUUUGGAAGUGUUGAUUUUGCAAGUGGACAGCUUGGGAGUGAUGGUGGUAGCUCUGUCACUUCUAGACAACGUAGAAGAAAUGUUCAUGGAGUAUUGAAUGCAGUUAGUUGGGGAGUGUUAAUGCCAAUGGGUGCAGUAUUUGCAAGGUACUUAAAGGUGUUCAAAUCAGCAAAUCCAGCUUGGUUUUAUCUACAUGUUGCUUGUCAAACUUCAGCCUAUGCUGUUGGUGUUGCUGGAUGGGGCACUGGUCUUAAACUUGGCAGUGAUUCUCCUGGUAUCAAAUUCACUACUCACAGGAACAUUGGCAUCACUCUCUUUUGCCUUGGAACUCUUCAGGUGUUUGCUUUGCUUCUGAGGCCAAAGCCAGACCACAAAUACAGAUUAUACUGGAAUAUCUACCACCAUGCUAUUGGAUACGCAGUGAUAAGUCUGAGCAUUGUCAAUGUGUUUGAAGGAUUUGAUGCAUUGAAUGGGCAAAAGAACUGGAAGAGGGCUUACAUUGGGAUAAUCAUAGCCUUAGGGGCCAUUGCAGUUUUAUUAGAAGCCUUCACUUGGUUCAUUGUCAUCAAAAGGAAAAAAUCAGACUCUAACAAGUACCCUCAAAAUGGAACAAAUGGUGUUAAUGCUUAUGCAAAUGGGACUCAUCAGCAGGCAUAAAUUAACAUAGAAUUAUUGGACUCUACAUAAAUGUCACUUUGGACAUGUUUUGUGUGCAUAUAUGUUUUUAGUUGUUUUGGUUCAGAUGAUUGUUUAUUAUGAUGGUUUAGCAUCAGAUUUUGGGUUCUUUUUUUCUUCUUUUGCUCUUUGCAGAUGGAUAGUAUAUUCUUGUAUACAUAUAUGUUGAGAGACCACCUAUUUGUGGAUUUAUUUAUCACUA